AUGGUUGUCAGCCUCUCCAAGCAGCUGAGAGCUGAGAGCAAGAUGACAUCCACCAGCAGAUUGAUGACUCUCAGCCUGCCUCCCCACUCAUCAGGCCUGCCUCCCCACUCCUCAGGCCUGCCUCCCCACUCCUCAGGCCUGCCUCCCCACUCCUCAGGCCUGCCUCCCCACUCCUCAGGCCUGCCUCCCCACGCCCCAGGCAUGCCUCCCCACUCCUCUGGCCUGCCUCCCCACUCCUCAGGCCUGCCUCCCCACUCCUCAGGCCUGCCUCCCCACUCCUCAGGCCUGCCUCCCCACUCCUCAGGCCUGCCUCCCCACUCCUCAGGCCUGCCUCCCCACUCCUCUGGCCUGCCUCCCCACUCCUCUGGCCUGCCUCCCCACUCCUCUGGCCUGCCUCCCCACUCCUCAGGCCUGCCUCCCCACUCCUCAGGCCUGCCUCCCCACUCCUCAGGCCUGCCUCCCUACGCCCCAGGCAUGCCUCCCCACUCCUCUGGCCUGCCUCCCCACUCCUCAGGCCUGCCUCCCCACUCCCCAGGCCUGCCUCCCCACUCCCCAGGCCUGCCUCCCCACUCCUCAGGCCUGCCUCCCCACUCCUCAGGCCUGCCUCCCCACUCCUCAGGCCUGCCUCCCCACUCCUCAGGCCUGCCUCCCUACGCCCCAGGCCUGCCUCCCCACUCCUCUGGCCUGCCUCCCCACUCCUCUGGCCUGCCUCCCCACUCCUCAGGCCUGCCUCCCUACUCCUCAGGCCUGCCUCCCCACUCCUCUGGCCUGCCUCCCCACUCCCCAGGCCUGCCUCCCCACUCCCCAGGCCUGCCUCCCCACUCCUCAGGCCUGCCUCCCCACUCCCCAGACCUGCCUCCCCACUCCUCAGGCCUGCCUCCCCACUCCUCAGGCCUGCCUCCCCACUCCCCAGGCCUGCCUCCCCACUCCCCAAGCCUGCCUCCCCACUCCUCAGGCCUGCCUCCCCACUCCUCAGGCCUGCCUCCCCACUCCCCAGGCCUGCCUCCCCACUCCCCAGGCCUGCCUCCCCACUCCCCAGGCCUGCCUCCCCACUCCUCAGGCCUGCCUCCCCACUCCUCAGGCCUGCCUCCCCACUCCUCAGGCCUGCCUCCCCACUCCUCAGGCCUGCCUCCCCACUCCCCAGGCCUGCCUCCCCACUCCUCAGGCCUGCCUCCCCACUCCUCAGGCCUGCCUCCUCAGGCCUUCCUCCCCACUCCCCAGGCCUGCCUCCCCACUCCACAGGCCUGCCUCCCCACUCCUCACGCCUGCCUCCCCACUCCUCAGGCCUGCCUCCCCACUCCUCAGGCCUGCUUCCCCACUCCCCAGGCCUGCCUCCCCACUCCCCAGGCCUGCCUCUCCACUUGCAGACAGAAGGCAUUUAGAAGUCAAUACUGCCUAAAUGUAACAAGCAGCAGUUAG